AUGACAGACCCUACCAGCACCAUCGUCAUCAAUCCUGAUGACGUGGAUGAUGGGGUGCCAAGAAUCACUGUACCACCACCCAGCUUAAAGGAGGUGAUGGAAAAUCCACGAGAAGCCCAAAAAGUGCUGUUUGGAGAUGAUGGCCGGGAGCCACCUUCGAGCACUUCUGAUGACCAGGGGCUGUCUGAAAGAGUUCAAAGAGCCAUAUCUGUUUUACAAGUGUUGGAGACAUUUGCCAGGACACCUAAGUUUUCAGAAGAGUUUGGAACACUGCAGGAGCAGGCAGCUGUUGGAGAUGUAAUUCUUCUGGUGAGAUCAUCCUUGUCGACAAAUACAAAAGAAUAUGGUGUGACCCUUCAGAACCUACAUUCUGGAGCUUACGGCCUGCUCCAAUGCCUCACUAUCCAACAUGUAGAUCAUAUAGACCUGAACAGUCUGCUGCAAGACGCUGAGGCCUCCCAAAGGUCACUCAAAGAUGACUCAGGGAGCAUGCCCAGUCUGAUUGAGCUACUAGGAGGGAGCUCUAACUGGGCCCCAAAAUGUCCCAUAACCGAUCUUGAUCAAGAUACUCUGCAGAAGGCCACAAAUAUGCUGGAAGUUCUGAAAGUGUAUGUCAACAAGGAGCGACGUGUCACGGCCGUCGAACAACUACUUCUUAAUAGACCGGCGGUCGACGAACCUCGGCUAACUUCACGCUCUGAGUCGAUGUCUCACCCAACCAGGAGGGCGCAGACGUCGAAAGGGGUGUAA